CCUUUAUCAGGGUUUUUUAUUAUAAAUCUCUUUCCUUAAUCAAUCAUUAAUGUAAUUAAUUCAGCUAUUAUGCUAAUUAAUUGAUUAAUUCGAAUUUUCUUCAUGGCGAAUAUCAAUUUUCAAUCCACCUUGAGUUAUUAGAGUUAUGAUGACAGUUGAGUUGCUACGUGUUUCGCUAAAUAGUAAGCGGAUAAUAUGAGAAUUUUGGAGCAUAGAAAGAACUCGUUCAUUCAUGGAGAAUCUAGGGAUGAUGAUUGGUCCAAAAGGAUUAAUAAAAAGGCAUGAAUUUGUAAGGAUCCUUAUUCAGUGUUUAUACUCAUUAGGCUAUGAUAAAUCUGCAGCUUGUUUGGAAUUAGAGUCCGGGAUUUCAUGUAAAUCUUCUGAAUUCAAGUUGUUUGAAUCAAUGGUCCUUGAUUCUGAUUGGGAGGCUUGUAUUAAUAACCUUUAUGGGAUUAAGGAAAUGACCGAUGAACAAAGAGAUGCUGCUUUGUUUCGUGUUGCGCAACAGUACUUAUUGGAGUGUUUGGGCCGAGGGGAUGACUCAUUAGCUUUGUCCCUUUUGCAUAAACAAAUAUCAAAAUUGAAAGUGGGCAGAGAUAAAGUGCACAAACUUGCUUUUAGUUUGUUUUCACUUGGAGAGUUGGGUUUAAAUAAAGUUCAUGACGGUGGUGAUGUUUUUCAUGAAUUAAGAAGUAACUUAAUCAAUGAAUUGGAGAAAUUGCUUCCACCACCAAUCACCAUGCCUGAUAGAAGAUUGGAAUAUCUUGUUGAAAAGGUCGUUGGUUCCCAAAUUGAUUCAUGCAUCUACCACAAUUCUCUCGAUCCAUUAUCACUAUAUAAGGACCAUCGAUGUGGCAGGGAUCAGAUCCCUACAGAAACUGUUCAGGUGUGGAUUCAAUUACCAAGCCAUAUUUUGUUGGACCACAAGAAUGAAGUUUGGUUUGUACAAUUCUCUAACAAUGGGAAUUAUCUAGCAUCUUCAUCAAGUGAUUGUACAGCCAUUAUAUGGAAGGUGCUUGAAGAUUCCAAGUUGGCUCUGAAACAUACAUUAAGAAGCCACCAAAAUCCUGUUUCUUUUGUAGCAUGGAGCCCAGAUGACACAAUGCUCUUGACAUGUGGCAACGCGGAAGUUCUUAGGCUUUGGGAUGUGGAAACAGGUACAUGUAAGCACACAUUUGGUGAUAGUGGCUUCCUUGUUAGUUCGUGUGCUUGGUUCCCGGACUCAAACCGACUCGUGUGUGGCAGUUCUGACCCCAAAAAGGGCAUUUGCAUGUGGGAUUGUGAAGGGAACGAGAUAAAGGCAUGGAGAGGGAUGAGGAUGCCUAAAGUGACAGAUAUUGCUGUUACCCCAAAUGGAGAAAAUUUAAUCAGUAUUUUCUCAGAUAGGGAUAUCCAGAUAUUAAAUUUGGACACAAAUGUUGAACGGGUUAUCUCUGAAGAGCAUCCUAUCACAUCCCUUACUGUUUCUGGAGAUAGUAAGUAUUUGAUUGUCAACCUAAACAGCCAAGAGAUCCAUAUGUGGGAUGUUGAAGGGUCUUGGGAAAAACCCUUGAGGUAUAAGGGCCAUAGGCAACACAAGUAUGUCAUACGUUCUUGCUUUGGUGGGGUCAAUGGCACGUUUAUUGCUAGUGGCAGCGAGAAUUCACAGGUGUAUAUAUGGAAUAGACGUAAUUCUGAUCCAAUUGAAGUCCUAUCCGGCCAUUUGAUGACUGUUAAUUGUGUGAGCUGGAAUCCCAGGAGACACCAAAUGCUAGCUUCAGCUAGCGAUGAUCAAACCAUCCGCAUAUGGGGCCCAAACCAAUCAGAGAAGACAUGUAACAAAAAAUUAUAGUUAGUCAAAACGUCUUUUGUUUUCUUAAAUGUUUUUUGCUGGUACAUAGUAUUUUGUGUAUCCAUCUAUUUUGAUAUCUGGUGCUGGUUUAUGUCUUCAGUGUAAAGAAAUCGGUUCUACAUCAGUAUCUAGUUUGCUGCAUCUUUCUAUUUGUUUUAUAGUUAAGAAAUAAAUGUAUGAUCCUGUAAGAUUGGUAAAUAUUUUCUUUCAACAAUGAAAGAAAACCUUUGAGGUUGUCUU